CGAUGACACUGCUCUCUUUCAUAAGUGGUGUGCCGUUUUCUUGGAGAAAUAGCCCGUAUAGUACGUUGAAGCUAAAAAAUGUUCUUCAAUUUUUCACGGCUGGCAUUUAAAGUGGCCAACGAAGAUAAGCCAUGGGUAUUUACAGAAGAGGCGCAUACCCAUCGCAGGCAAGAAAUAUUAAGGAAACACCCCGAAAUAAAGAAGUUGAUGGGAUAUUCUCCUCGUAUUGCAUUCAUUGUCUUGUUUGAAUUCCUGGCACAGAUGAUUAUGUGUUGGAUCAUUUUAACGUAUAAUCCAAACUGGGUUUCGGUGGUCAUUGCCGCUUAUGUCAUUGGUGGCACUUUGAAUCAUUCACUAGGUAGCGCCAUACAUGAAAUUGGGCACAAUCUAGCGUUUGGGCAUAGACAUCCUUUGCGCAACAGAGCACUUGGAAUGUUCGCUAACCUCCCAAUGGUGGUACCUAUGUCCGUAAGUUAUAAAAUAUAUCAUUCGGACCAUCAUCGUUACUUGGGACACGAUUCCAUUGACGCUGACGUUCCAACAGUUCCCGAGACUUACCUGUUCAACAACCCUGCCACGAAAAUACUUUGGCUCUUCAUCCAUCCACUUCUCCACGGAAUCCGACCUUUUCUCAAGUCACCGAAACCAGUGACGAUUUUGGAACUCAUAAACAUUGUUGUUCAGUUCACGUUCGACUUCAUUAUAUUCUAUAUAUUCGGCCAGAAAGCGUUCUUCUAUUUGCUCUUGGGUACCUUCUUUGGGCUUGGAUUGCAUCCACUUGCCGGGCAUUUCAUAUCUGAACAUUAUCUCUUCAGUCGAGGACAAGCUACGCAUUCAUACUACGGUCCAUUGAAUCCGAUUCUGUUUAACGUUGGAUACCACGUGGAACAUCACGAUUUCCCUUACGUGCCGUACCACCUUUUGCCAGAGGUAAAGAGGUUAGCCCCAGAAUUCUACGAUCAUCUACCGUAUCAUACAUCAUGGCUGAAAGUUCUAUGGCGUUUUAUAGUCGACCCUCUUCAUGGACCGAAAUCACACGGUGUUGGACUAAAACUGAUAGCAGAUGGUUUGGAUAUUAAGAAGUAGAGCGACACUCUUGAAUCAAACAGGGAAAAAU